AUGCUGGGUGUCAUUCUGUCCCUCCUCAUCCUAAUGACUGUGGGUGGAAAUGUGCUGGUGUGCCUGGCUGUCUGUGCCUCUCGCCGCCUCCGCUGCCUCACUAACUGUUUCAUUGUGUCACUGGCUGUGACAGACCUGCUGCUCGGCCUCUUGGUCCUCCCAUUCUCCGCCCUCCUUCAGCUCAAUGACGACUGGCCUCUUGGACCAGUCUUCUGCAACUUCUACAUCUCCAUGGAUGUUAUGUUAUGCACUGCCUCCAUUCUCACGCUCCUGGCCAUCAGUGUGGACCGUUACCUGGCAGUGACCUUGCCUCUGAGAUACACCUCACUCGUGCUGCCUUGGAGAGUUGCUGUAGCCAUGGCGGGUGUCUGGACAGUGUCUGUGGCCGUGUCAUUCCUGCCCAUUCAAAUGGGUUGGAACACUGUUAAUGGGACCGUGCAGAACCAGGGGCCCUGGGCUUCAGAGAGGAGUUGUCGUUUCGAGCUGAACAGGCCUUAUGUUCUCACCGACUCUCUCGUCACCUUCUACUUGCCUCUGGUGGCUAUGUGCUGGACCUACCUUAGAAUACUUCAGAUUGCCAGGGCACAGGCCAAGCGCAAUAACAAUCCCUCCACCUGCACCACUUUGGUUUCCAGUGCGACAGCUGUGGUACUGCGCGAGCACAAAGCCACAGUGACACUAGCAGCAGUAAUCGGUGCGUUUGUCGUGUGUUGGUUACCUUAUUUCAUCUUGUUCACAGUGUUGGGUUUAGAAGAGCAUCCUGACCCUGGCGUAGUACCAGAGUUUCCUGUGGUAUUGUGGUUGGGAUAUGCUAACUCAGCUCUCAACCCAAUCCUCUACGGAGCCCUCAACAGGGACUUCAGCGUGUCGGUGCGCCGACAGCCAUCUCCCACUAUAACCACAGCAGGAGGACAGCUUACAGGGGCAACACUGCGGCACAACCACGCCCCUGCCACCUCCAGGGCUGCUAUAGUCGAUCAAAACGUCAUGCUUCAAGAAAUAAACUGCACGACAGCCAAAUCGACCAUCCGCUUUGCAAAUGGCACUGCUGUCACAAAUAUCUCGGGGCCUCCCCCCUCUGACAUUCAAUCAGUCAUCGUGGUGCCAGCCAAUGAAAGGUGGAGAGGGAUGGAGGAGGACGGAGCUGCUUCUGAGCGUUUUGACGCGCUGAGAGGAGGACAGAGCGUCACAUCUCUCCAAACGCCCAUCAAACUUUCAGCACAGGCUGUAGAGAGGACCCAGUCCUCUGAAAGAGGCCUGUUAGAGACCACGGGGACGCGCUGA